AUGUUACUGUUAAUUCCAAAUAUAUCGGGGUUUAAAAGUCUUUACAAACCAUCUGACGAGUGCUUACCAUCAGUUUCAUCGGGCAAAACAGGCCUCCCCUCCGACGCCACACCUACCGAGACAUACGAAUGGCUAAACCGGAAUCGUUUCCAUCGACUGACGGAUGUGUUGAUGAACUUCUCGUCGGAAGACUUGAGACGAUUAUCGCGCGACGACUUAAUCCAAAUCUGCGGCCUUUCGGACGGCAUUCGGUUAUACAACACGAUUCAUGCCAUUCAGAGCACCACUCGAUUGACUAUCUUUGUUACCACAGAUGGGAAAGUCCACAACGGAAUCUACUUGAAGUCCUUAACUCAUGAGGAGCUGCGCCACCGUCUCAUCGAAGCACUG